UCUUCCAGAAGUUUCUGCGCCCGGCUUCUAUCCAGCAAAGCAGCAACUCAUCACUUAGUACACUUUGUUCUAUACUUUUUAAUUAGGUAAACUCGAUCAAAUAAAUUGGCAUUUCUUUCCGCGGCUCAGAGGCUUAAAUCAGAAAGUUUUCUCAGGACUGUCAGUUUAUUUUUCUCCCCGCGGAUGGAACACGAGCUGCGGCUUUGGUGACCUGGAGUUGUAGCGCCGCACACAUGAGCCCCUGGAUGUCCGCGCUCACUGUGCUUUUAUAGCGGUCACUGUGAUGGGGAAAGAUUAUUACAAUGUGCUGGGAAUAGCCAGAGGUGCGUCUGACGAGGAGAUCAAAAAGGCGUAUAGAAAACAGGCUCUGCGCUUCCAUCCGGACAAAAACAAAUCCCCCGGAGCUGAAGACAAAUUCAAGGAGGUUGCAGAAGCUUAUGAUGUCCUCAGCGACUCCAAGAAAAGAGACAUUUACGAUCGAUACGGAGAAGAAGGCUUAAAGGGUUCAAGCGACGGCGGAGAGCACUGUGGCCCCACUUUCAACUACACGUUCAACGGAGACCCUCAUGCAAUAUUUGCGGAGUUCUUUGGCGGGCGCAGCCCCUUCGAUCACUUCUUCUCCUCCUCUAUUGACGGCGACAUCGAUGAUCCUUUCUCUGCGUUCGGUAUGGGAGGAAUGGGGGGGUUUCAUAGGUCCUUUAAAGGCCACCCCGGGGGUCUGCACAGGGCGCAGGAGAGGAGGCAGGAUCCGCCCGUGGUGCACGAGCUGAAGGUGAGCCUUGAGGAGGUUUUCACCGGGUGCAUGAAAAAGAUGAAGAUUUCCCGCAAGAGACUGAACCCAGACGGCUGCACCAUGCGCAAAGAGGACAAGAUUUUAACAGUAAAUAUUAAACGUGGAUGGAAAGAGGGGACGAAGAUCACUUUCCCCAAGGAGGGCGAUGAAACUCCGACCAACAUUCCAGCCGACGUGGUUUUUGUUGUUAAGGACAAACCCCACCCGGUGUUCAGGAGAGACGGAUCAGAUAUAGUUUACCCUGCAAAAAUCUCACUUAGAGAGGCGUUGUGCGGAUGCACGGUUAAGGCGCCCACUCUGGACGGUCGCACCAUCACCGUGAGCUCCAGGGAAGUUGUGAAGCCCGGGACGAAGAAGCGCAUCGCAGGGGAGGGGCUUCCUCUAUCCAAGUGUCCGGAAAAAAGAGGCGACAUGAUCUUGGACUUCUCUGUAAAAUUUCCCGACAAACUAGGGGAGAGCACGCGAGAUGCACUGGAGCAGAUUCUCCCCAUGUGACCGAAGGACAUUUUAACAAGCUAACAUUUCCAGGGCCGCUCGGCGUCAUCGUUUGGCCUGAACGACUUAGGCUUGGGUUUUACUCCUGUUGGGUUUUCAGGACCGAAUUUUGGUUUUAUUCGAUGGAAGAAGAUGCAACCAUUGCAAAAACAAAAUGUUUUAAGUUUGCACAGCUAAUGGCGUUUAGUGGCAGAGGAUUAUUUUUUGUUAUUGGGAAGUUUAGAAGUGACAUUUAGCCAGCUACUUCAUACCUCAGGUGCGCUGAUGCAUGCUUGAGUGUAGCUGUACGUGGAUCAAAGCUUCCCAGAUGCAAAAGCAUAUUAUCUAUUUAGUGUCAGUAAAAAUGCAGCCCUAAAAUAAGAACAUAAAGCAUAUAAGAACCUCAAGUUCUAAUAAAUAGGGUCCCCUCCAGAUAACAUGAUUUCCUGUCUGGGAAGGACAUUUUAGCAGCGAAAAUAUAUUUACCAGAUCGGUAAAAGAGCUUCAAGCUGUUUAAACAAAGUUUUUUUCCGUAUGUACAUCAUUGUUUUGUGCCAAGCAACUGUCUGUAUAAUUAAAUUAUACCUAAUGUAAAUCCUGCUGCCGUGUCUGAUUGACAAUAACCGUGAUUAUCGAUUUUCCCUUUUCAACAAUGUAAAUGAUUAUUAUGUUAGACCAAUAAAUGCUUAUUUAAUACAGGAAAAAUUAGUGUUUUUGGUCUAAAAAGCUUUGCUUCCUACUGACUGCCGACACUUUAGUCUAAGUUACUCACUUCCUGGGGGGUUGGGGGAGAGUAGAUCCACAGACUAGAGUGAUCACUGCUAGAUUGUUGGCGUAAGAAUGAUGAUUGUGGUUAAAAAGUCAGGGAAUAUUUCAGCCUUUAUGUGACAGGUUUGACUUGCUGCUUCCUCUAAUUUUCGCAGGGUUUCAGCUUUCGGACGCAGACAGGAGGUUAAAACCAUUGGAUGUGUCAUCUCUGGGUUGUUUGUUUUUCUGUAUGUAAAACUCCUGCAAACUUUGUUCCUUUUUUAAGGGGGAUAUUAAAAGCAUUCAUUUAUUGUUUGUGCUUUUCAAACUGUGGCUGAAGAUUUAAAAUCCUUUGAUUUUUAACAGGAAGGCUUUCAUCGUGGGAUAAUUUUUUUUAUCCUUUAUGGUUUUACAUUAAAGAAACAGUA